AUGUCGUCCGACGAGAAAGUAAUAGUGGUAGACUUUGACGGCGACCACCCCCAAGACUGGCCCGGAACGCGAAAAUGGAUCCUCAUGGGGACCAUCGCAAUCCCGUUGUUCCUCAUGCCCUUAUCCUCGACAAUCACAACACCAACAGUUAACGCAAUUGCGGAUGAAUUCCACAUAACCUCUUCUAUCACAGGCCCACUGGCACUAUCAUUGUUCUUGCUCAUGUACUCCAUGGGACCCAUCUUACUCGGCCCAUUCAGCGAACUCUACGGCCGAUGGCCGGUGUUGCAGGUCGGGAGUCUGUUCUACCUAGCAUUCAACCUCGGGGCCGGGUUCUGUACAAGCAUGACCCAGCUGUUGAUAUUCCGACUGCUGAGCGGAACAGGAGCGAGUGCAUCACUAGCUGUUGGAUCCAGUAUGGUGGGUGAUGUGUUUCGCAAAGAAGAGCGCGGACUGCCUGUCGCUAUCAUCAGCCUCGGUCCGGUACUAGGAUCAUGUCUUGGUCCUAUCGUCGGCGGGUUCAUCGCAGACUAUACCACAUGGCGCUGGACGUUCUGGUGCACCUCCCUAGCCACGGGUGCGUUUCUGGUCCUGUGUUUCAUUGUUGCGCGAGAAACUUACGCACCUGUUCUGCUGCUGCGCAAGAAAGCGAUUCUAAUCGCAGAGGCAAACAGGCAGGGAAAAGACACCAGCCGUGUCUGGAAGACUCCAUUUGAAAAGGAUGAGACGGUUGGCCAGCUGUACCGACGCACCAUCUCCCGGUCCCUGUACUUCCUGGGCACGCAGCCAAUUAUCCAAGCGCUGGCUUGCUACUCUGGCUAUCUUUAUGGGAUUGUCUACCUCCUUCUUUCCAGCUUCUCGGAUCUUUGGACAAAACGUUAUUAUAUGAGGGUCAGCACCGGUAGCCUCAACUACAUUGCGCCGUGCAUCGGCUACGCGGUCGGGGCUCAGAUCUGUGCCUUUGUGACCGACCGAGUGUAUCGGUACCAAGUAGCCAAGAACAAAGGCGUGGGGAAGCCCGAGUUCCGGCUGCCGAUUAUGGUACCGGCUUCAUUGCUGGUUCCUAUUGGAUUGCUGAUCUACGGCUGGAGUGCAGAGUACCAGACCCAUUGGAUUGUGCCAGAUAUUGGUAUUGCACUCCCGCUCAUGGGAGCAACCAUCAUCUUCCAGUGUUGCAGUCAGUAUCUGCUAGAUACGUUCCCUGUCUAUGCUGCCAGUGCCAAUGGCGCUGUCUAUAUUGUGCGAGGAUUCACUGGCUUUGGAUUCCCGUUGUUCAGCCCGGCAAUGUAUGAGAAACUUGGAUAUGGAUGGGGGAACAGCCUGUUGGCGUUUUUGGCUUUGGUGAUUGGGUGUCCUAUUCCUUUCAUCUUGUGGAAGUACGGAGAGAGACUGAGGGCUGUGAGCAAUUUCGCAGAUCAGACCAAAUAA